AUGAAACGAAUUGUUCAGAUCUUCAAAGGGUCUGAUAACUGGAGCUUUUGUAGUGGCACAUUGGAUACAGAAGUUCUAGAAGACUCCAGGUUUUUAAGUUGGUUUGCACUUUUAAAAGUGCCCACUUCAUCCUCAUGCACCUGUAAGGAAACUAUUCCAUGGGUGAAGAGUGGCAGUCUUAAAAAGGGAUGUCAUGUUAUCGCAUGUGGGUCUCCUUUCGGUGGUCUCUGUCCAGACCUCUUCAUGAACACAAUUAGUAAAGGUAUAGUUAGUAAUCUGGCAGGAGAUGCGAAUGCCCUGAUCCUGACUGAUGCCCGCUGCUUGCCUGGCACCGAAGGAGGUGGUGUGUUUGUUAGCAAAGAAAGCAGAUCUUACCUUGUGGGUUUGAUCGUUUCACCACUGUGCUGGAAAUCAGAUGAAUGGAUUGGGCUGACACUUGUGUGCUCGGUUCACCUGAUUCUGAAAAACAUGCCACAGGCUGGUGCCAUCCAGGAGUCGCUGAUAGAAAAGUCAUCUCAGUUAAUUACUGGCUCUCUUCAAGCUCCAUUAACUGCAAACCGAAAGCCAGGCUCUGAAUUUUACCCUGGAGUGGUGCUGAUUGAGAGCGGCCAGCUGUGGGGUUCUGGUGUGCUGCUAAACCAGAAUUUGGUUCUGACCUGAAGGCAUGUGGUGAAUGAAAAAUCUGUGCUUACAGUCAGAGUCAACUUUGGAGAAAGAUUUCAUGCAGUAAGUGGUAAGGUGCUGUAUUCAUCAGCACCAUCAUCUCCCUUUGAUAUCGCUGUGGUGGAGCUUCAGGAACCCCUCGUAGACUCAGUAAAAACACAGUUUACCACAUACUUUCACCCAGGUGAGGAUGUGCUUGUUGUGGAUUAUGGAGCUUUAGGGAGCAGCUGUGGCCCUUCAUUGACCUCAGGGAUCUUAUCCAGAGUUAUUACCAAUCAGUCACGGCCUGUGAUGCUGCAGACUACUUGUGCAGUGCAGUCUGGAGCCAGUGGUGGUGCUGUGGUCUGCUCUGCCACUGGGGAAUUGCUAGGUAUCGUGUCCAGUAACACAAGAGACUUUGCAGCAAAAGUGACAUAUCCCCACCUGAACUUCAGCAUCCCAGUGACUGUUCUGGAGCCUCUGCUGAGACGUUUUGCUCAAACGGGAGAUGCUGCUGUGCUUAAGGUCUUAGACAGUGCAGAGGAAGAUGUCAGGAAGAUAUGGAGACUACAAAGCCUUCAGAGCAAGCUUUAAU